GCCCUUAGUUUAAGCACUGCCUUCACAUACAAAACCCACCUGCAGUUCUCUAUCUCUCUUUAUCUUCUUUCUUCAAAGUGUUACUUUUACAAAACCAUACUUAAAAACUCUAAACUUAUCAGUCUCCCUAGAUUUAUCAGAUCAUUGUGGUUUAGAUUCAUCUUCCUGUUUAUCCUCAAGAAAAGUUUUGAUUUUCAUCAGAAGCAUAUAUAUUAAGGGAAAGUACUCUGCUAGAUUUUGUUGUUGUAAGGAAAGAGAUCAAAAGAAUGGAAGUUGCAACUCAAGAAGAUCAUGACAUGCCUAUACCAAUAAACACUACUUAUGGUAAUAGCUGUGGUGGUCAUGGACACAUUAUUCAUCAUCUUCAUCAUCAGCCUGCCAAUUCUACUCCAUCAAACCCACUAAUAUCCCCCUCAAAUGGUAAUGGACUUGGCAAAACUCAUGACCAUCAUGUGGGCUACAACAUCAUGAUCAACAACAACAAGAAGGAGAAGCCUGUGGUGAUCAAGUACAAGGAAUGUCUGAAGAAUCAUGCAGCUUCCAUGGGAGGCAAUGCUAUUGAUGGUUGUGGAGAGUUUAUGCCAAGUGGUGAAGAAGGUUCCAUCGAAGCCUUCACUUGCUCAGCUUGUAAAUGCCAUAGAAACUUCCAUAGAAGAGAAAUCGAAGGCGAAGAAAAAAACUUCUUUUCUCCUUACCACCACAACCAACAGCCUCAACUGCAGAGAAAACUCAUGUUCCAUAACAACCACAAGAUGAUCAAAUCACCAUUGCCACAACAAAUGAUAAUGCCAAUUGGUGUUGCAACCGCAGCUGGAUCUAACUCAGAGUCAGAAGAUUUUAUGGAAGAAGACGGCGGAGGAAGCUUAACAUUCAGACAGCAACCACCGCCUCCACCACCGUACUGUUACGGUGGACAGAAUCAGAAGAAGAGGUUUAGGACAAAGUUUACUCAAGAGCAAAAGGAGAAGAUGCUGAGUUUUGCGGAGAGCGUUGGUUGGAAGAUGCAGAGACAAGAGGAAUCUGUUGUUCAACAGUUUUGUCAAGAGAUUGGAGUUAGGAGAAGAGUUCUUAAAGUUUGGAUGCAUAACAACAAACACAACCUAUCCAAGAAGUGCAACAACGUUAAUAACAAUGUCGAGCUCUCUGCUGGUAAUAAAGACAUCAAUAAAGCCAUUACUGGAAAUCUUGCUUCUAGUCCUUAGUUUAAGUUAAGAUUGUUGCUAUUAUCUCUUGUGAGUACUUAGUUAAGUAUCUUAUAUCAUGAGGUUAAUGAUUUAACCCUUUGUUUGUUGUUAAUCAUUUGUUUACGCAACUUUACAAACAUAUGUUUUAUUAGGGUAUUAUC